CUUGUGGGCUGCCGUAAUUGUCGUUUUGGCUAAACUGGUCAGCGGAGAGGCUAACGGGUUACGGAAGGCGAGGAGAGCGCGGCGCGGCUUUCGCAUCGAAAAUGUCGAGCGGAGUGGGAAAACACAAAAUGAUGUCCCUGGGACCAACAGAACCAUGGUCCAUCCGGGAGAAACUGUGCCUUGCAUCCUCUGUGAUGAGAAGUGGAGAUCAAAAUUGGGUGUCCGUCAGCAGAGCUAUCAAGCCAUUUUCAGAGUCUGGACGUCCUCCGGACUGGUUUUCUCAGAAGCACUGUGCCUCUCAAUAUUCAGAGCUGUUGGAGACCACUGAAGCCCCUAAGCGCAAGCGUGGUGAAAAAGGAGAGGUGGUGGAGACUAUUGAGGAUGUUAUUGUGCGCAGGCUGACUACUGAGAGGAUUGAUGAGCUCAAGAAGCUCCUCAAAGACACUCAGGAGAAAUACAGAAAACUGAAGAAGGAAGUAGAUUUGAUUCAGGCAGGUCACAUGGACUCCAAACUGGAGGAGUUAUGGGGGGAUAUUGAACAAAAGAAGAAGCAGGAGGAGGAUGAGGCUGAGCAGAAGAGGAGAGCAACAGAGGCGGCCUAUCAGGCACGUCAGGCAGCUAAAAACACACCAAAGAGGCUCCCAAGUGUCACUGUCCGGUCUCCACUAGGGGCCAGUUCACCCAGCAUGGACCUUCCACUUCCUGAUACCCCUCAGCCUUUAACAGAGGAGUCCUGUCCCAGUCCUUUGACUCAAGGAGUGACCGUGUUUGUGCCGAUGUCUGAGCCAGCUGGGCCAGGACCUAAAGAGGGAAGCCUGGGUGCUGUUGUAGAAGAAUCCCCUCAAAAAAAGCUCCUUAAUCAGAAGGCCACACCACCGCCCUCCCCUUUACUGUCUGAACUGCUGAAGAAAGGCAAUCUCCUAUCUGCUAGCCCCAGACUGUUUUUACAAGUGGAGGCAUUUUUGGCAAAGCAAAAGCAUGAUGUGGUGGAGGGAGAGGCUGCUGUGGCUCUCAGUAACGGUGCUCAUGGGGUGGAGGUUCACACCUCCUCGACUGGUCUUCCAUCUGGUCAUGAAGUAUCUGCAGAUGCGCCCACGUUAUCCCGUCUGUUGGAGUGCUCACCCACAGUCCAGAUGCCAGCCAGCACUGAGCCCCCUAAUCCCCCCACUGUAGCCCCCCCUGCUCCAGGACACCACUUUAUACCCAGCACAGGAGCAUCAGUAGCAGAGUGUUCUGGUCCUGAGACAAUGCUGGCGGUGCAGACCGACUCCGAACAGACAGAGGGCCGAGAGGGAGAGCUGGUCGAGGAGAACCUCGUGGCUGUGUCUUACAUGGGGGAUGAACUGGACCUGGAGACUGUGGGGGAUAUCAUUGCUAUUAUUGAAGAGAAGGUGGAUGAAUCAGUGGAGGUGUUGGAUGCGGCCGCAGUGGAGGCUGCGCUCUCUCUGUGUGAGGAAGCCGUGGCUGGGGGCCAUGCUCUUUCUGACCCCUGGGAGCACCAGGCCUUUAAAACAGUCGAGCCAGAGCCUAGCCUAGUUACCCCACAGCCUAGAGUUACUGCUGAGGUCCCGGCAAGUUUGCCCAUCCCAGAGCCUCAGGAGGUAGAGCCAGCCAUGCCGCUAGAAGACGCUGGGGAAUCUGGGACAACCGAGGGGCCGCUUGGUGACUCUGAGCCUGCGGCCCCACCAGAGACGACGGUACAAACGCAGGAGCCUGAACAGCGACCACCUGAAGAGAAAGAAGGAGAGCAAGAAGCAAUAAAGGAGGAGGAGCCAACAGCGAACAGAACACCCUGCCCUUCAGUGAAGGCUGAAAGUGAAGAGUGGGCUCAACCUGAGACUGAAACUCCCUGCCUCGACUCGGAGGACAGCUCAGCAUCAGGGAGAGAACAGAAGGUGAAGGAAGAGGAUGGAGGGAGUGAAGUGGAUGGAGAUGAAGGGAUGGAGAUGAAAGAGUGUGGAGAGGGUCCGUAUCUCUCAGAAGUGGACCCUCCAGCCAGUGAGAGUGAGGAUGGGUAUGGCACCAACUCCCAGCGAUACACCACUGCAGACUCCACCGCCAGCAGCCCUGCCUCCUCUCAGUUUUCCAUAUGCAGUGAGGAUCAAGAGGCUUUGCAGGCUCAAAAGAUUUGGAAGAAAGCUAUCAUGCUGGUGUGGCGGGCAGCAGCCAAUCACAGGUACGCAAGUGUAUUUCUACAGCCUGUGUCUGAUGACAUCGCUCCUGGGUACCACAGCAUUGUCCACAGGCCCAUGGACCUGUCAGCGAUCAAGAAGAACAUUGAGACGGGGCAGAUCCGCACGACGGCAGAGUUCCAGCGGGACAUCAUGCUGAUGUUCCAGAAUGCAGUGAUGUACAACAGCUCAGAUCAUGAUGUUUACCACAUGGCUCUGGAGAUGCAGCGAGAUGUCCUGGAGCAGAUCCAGCAGUUCCUGGCUACCCAGCUCAUCAUGCAGACCUCAGAGUCCGGCAUAAGUGCCAAAAGUCUGAGAGGGCGUGAGGCUAACCGCAAACAGGACCCCAACGACAAGACCCUGAGCCCAGCACACAAAGAUGCACAUUUAGAGCCAGAACCAGCUGCCAUGCCCAGAAGGAAAAGAAACAACUCCAAACAAGAUACUAUGGAAAAGGACAGUCUCCCCAUGGCCUCUCCUGCUUUCCUUCUCUCUCUUUUUGAUGGAGGCACCAGGGGGCGCCGCAGCGCCAUAGAAGCUGACAUGAAGAUGAAGAAAUGAAGAGAAGUGGUGGAUAGAAAACUUCAAAACCAACAAGGCUCUAAGGGCUAGACUUCCUUGCCCAAAUCAAUCCUGGCUGUGAAUUAAACUGGAGUUAAAAAGGACCAGAUAAGCUGAGAACAGAGCUCUGAGACCAGUGCUCUGAUCUUAAGCAGAGCAACACUUGGUUAUUCUAAUAUGUUCAGUUGAGGAAAAACUCAUAUUUAAGGCUUGAAGCUUAGUUUUUGGGAUGUUCGAUAUGAUAAUCAGCCUUUAUGCUUUAAGCAGGAAUGUACAACUCCCAUCAUCGCCACAUCGUCACAACGUCUGAAUGUUCCUCAGCGUGCAGUAGCACCUGGAAUGCGCCGCUGAAGUUGUCUCAGUUUGAAGGGACUUGGUGUCGGCUGCAGAAGAAAUAUCACGUGGGUCAGUGUUCUAGGAUGCACGUGGGUUCCGUGCUCAGAAAAAGAUUGGUUCUCGAUCACAUUUGUGUGUGGAGGUGUUUUAAAAGGUGUUUGUAGCAUUGAUUAGAUGUGUGGUUCGAACCAAUGGAACUUUGAAGACAGAACACAACACUCAACACUAGCAUGUGUGAAGGAUGAAAAUGUUCUAACAUAAUGUCAAUUAGGGAAUGACAUUCUAGAACAAUGAAAGUCUGAAAACAAUUUAAGAGCAGCAUGGUUGAGAACAUUCUCGAAGGGUAUGGAAGUCUGUAAGCAUUCUAAAAACAUCAGUUUUUUCAACAUUCUAGAACAGUAUUUAUGUCUGAAUGCAUCCUAAGAACAUCACAGUUCAGAACAUUCUAGAAGGCUGAAAGAAUCAUAAGAACAGCGUAAUUGAAAAUUUCUAGAAUUGUACGGAAAUUCUAAAUAAUUCUAAGAGUAGCGUGAUUAAGAACAUUCUAGAGUGGUAUUGACAUCUACAAGCAUUCUAAGAACACAAUGAUUUAGAAUAUUCUAGAAAUGGUAUGGAAGGCUAAAAGAAUUUCAAAAACAGCAUAACUGAAAAUAUUCUAGAACCGUAAAGAAAUCAAAAUAAUUAUAACAGCAGGAUGAUUAAUAUGACAUUCUAUAAUGGUAUUAAAGUCAGAAAGCAUUCUAUGAACAAAGUUCAGAGAUCAUUCAUCCUAGAAUGGCAUUGAGGCCGAAAGCAUUCUAAGAACAUCACAGUUCAGAACAUUCUAGAACAGUAUUUAAGUCUAAAGGCAUUAUAAGAUCAUCACAGUUUGGAACAUUUUUAGAAUGGUAUUGAGAUCUAACAGCAUUCUAAGAACAUCCCAGUUCAGAACAUUCUAAAAGGCUGAAAGAAUACUAAGAACAGCAUAAUUGAAAAUAUUCCAGAAUUGUACUGAAAUCCAAAAUAAGCAUGAUUUAAGAAAAUUCUACAAUGGUAUUGAUCUCUAAAAGCAACAAUGGUUUAGAAUAUUCUAGAAUGGUAUGGAAGACUGAAAGACUUCUAAAAACAGCUGAAAACAUUUUACAAUUGUAGAGAAAUCUAAAGUAAUUCUAACAACAGCAUGAUUAAUAAAACAUUUAAGUCAGAAGGUAUUCUAAGGACAUUAAAGUUCAGAACAUUCUAGAAUGGUAUGAAAGUCCAAAAGAAUUCUAAGUGCAUAAAGAUUGAUUGAGUACAAAAAUCCAAAGAACUGUGAGAACAUCAUGAUUUGAACCAUACUAGAAUUAUAAGAAAACUGAAAGCAUUCUAAGAACAGCAUGAUUGAGAUCAUUCUAGUGGUAUGAGUCAUGUGGGAAUGGAUGGAUAUAUAAGAACAUUCUAGAACUCUUUGAAAGGAGGAGAGCAUUGGGUUUGUUGGGUCACUGUGCUCUGAUCUUUUAAAGGAUGGUGUGAAGCGGUUCUUGCUGAAGCUACUGUCUGUAGUACUUCUAUGUUAAAUCAAAGUAAACGUGAAUUGUCUGUCAACCAAUGCAGCUAAAAUGUGAGUAGGAGAGCAUGGAGUUGAAGUUAAAACGUGUCUGCUGGAUAAAUUAUUUGAUCAAACUGAUUGUAGCUUUAACAGUGUAGAAAUGGAAGGUGUUUAUUUACCCAAGUGUAGUUCAUAUCUCGAGGUGAAUUACAUGUAAACGAUCCUUUUCUACUUGUUUUAAUUUGUGAGUUAAUAAAAUAUUGGAAUUCA